AUGUCUGCAACCUCAGUCCGCGAAGGCGGUCCAGAACUCAAAGGCCCCCUCGACUUUCAAGACAGCCCCCUCCGCAAAGCCUCCCGCCAACCUCUUCUACUAGGCCUCUUCCUCAACCUCCAAGACAUCAACUUCUCCACCCACCCAACAACAAACACCUGGACCUUCGACUACAACGUCGCCCUCGUCCGCCGCGCCGAACAGCUCGGCUUCGAACUCGCCUUCAGCCGCACCCAAUGGCUCCCCAAAGGCGGCUACGACGGUGAGGCUUCGCUCGACGCCUUCGUCGCCCUGGGUGCCAUGGCGGCCGUGACGGAAUCUAUUCUGCUCAUCUCCACCAUGCAUGUCCUCUACGGGCCGCUUCAUCCCUUACAUAUUGCCAAGUACGGCGCUACGCUGGAUCACAUCGCCAAGGGCCGUUGGGGCAUCAAUGUAGUUACGGGUCAUCGGGCCGUGGAGCACGAGAUGUUUGGCCGGCAGCGCAUUGAGCAUGAUCAGCGGUACCGGAUGGCUGGCGAGCUGUUUGACGUGGUGAAUAGUCUCUGGAAUGAGACGGAGAACAUCUCGUACGAGGGCAAAGUCUCGCCGUGGCGCGUCGAGAAUGCGUGGAUCACGCCGAAGCCACAGUUUGGCCGCCCGAUCCUCGUCAACGCGACGGGUUCGCCCGCAGGCAUCGAAUUCGCCGCCCGGUACUCUGACCUAAUCUUCAUCACCUCGCCGGGGAUGGCGCACAUUGACAGCGCGCUCGAGACCCUGCCGGCCCAUAUUGCCAACAUCAGGGCUGCUGUAGAAGCCCAGGGCCGCAGCGGAGUCAAGAUCAUCAUCAACCCGAUCAUUGUAUCGAAAGACACGCCUGAGGAGGCAUGGGCGUACGCGGAGAGCAUCGCCGAGGGAGCCAAGAUCCAGGCGGGCACCAAGAAGUUUGGAACGGCGAACGGGGCGUAUGAUAGUGAUGCUCAUGCUUGGCGGGGUAGGAAGGAUGCCAAGGAUAAUAAGGGGUUGAAUCUGGGAGGGAAUAUUGAGAUUAUUGGGUCGCCGGAGCAAGUCGUUGAGCAGCUGGAUGCGCUACACAAGGUUGGCAUUGAUGGUGUCCAGAUCAACUUUUAUGAUUUUGCACCAGAUCUGGAGUACUUUGGCGAGAAGAUUUUACCUCUAUUGAAGGAUGCUGGUCUGCGAAUAGAUUGA